GGAGGACUUCCUCAUAGCAGCAGGGUGGAGAUUCCCGAGGAGGAGGAGAAGGAGGAGGAGGAGGAAGAAGAAGGAGAGGGGGCCGGUUUCACUCAGAUCCACUUCCCUGUCACCUCAGUGUGGACGCAGAUCUGACACCGACAGGACUCUGAGCAGCUUCGACAGGUAAAGGUCCAGGAUGCUUUACACUGAGUUACUGCGUUUGUGGGAUGAGGCGGUCCAGGCGGCCGACGCCAAGGACUGGGAGGGAUGUCUGGAAAAACUGGAACAGAUCACUGAACCCACAUCUCGCACUCUGUUCAACACAGCCUCGGCUCACCUGGCUCUGGGACACCUGGACCUGGCCCUCAAGGCUUUAGACUUCACCCUGGCCAAAGAUGAACGUCUGGCCGUCGGCUUCUUCCAGAGAUCAGCGGUGAUGAUGCAGAUGGACAGGUUGGAGGAGGCUCUGUCUGAUUGUAUCUGGGCUCAGCAGCACAUGAGAGGAAACAUGGUCAUUGACUACCGACAGCUGGGCCUGCGAUUCAAGCUCUACAGCUGGCAGGUGUUAUAUAACGCGGCAGCUGUGUACUGUCGGAUGGGCCAGUGGGGGCAGGCCAGGGACGUCCUGCUGUCGGCGUCCAAGGAGCGAGGAGGGGGUCGGGGGGUGAACAUAGACGCGGCGUUGGACAGUGUCAUGAGGGAGGAGGUCCUGGAUCCUCUGCUCCUUCCUGAAGGGGUGGUGUUUCGUCCCAGGAAACAGGAUGUGGAGCAGCUCAAGCAAAAGGACUUCCUGGGAAAAGCAAAGGUGAUUUCAUCCAUGAUUCCCAAUGAUGACUUCGGAGGCUUUGAACCUCUGAGGCUGCAGAAACCUGGUUACUAUGAGCCCAAAGUGGAUGGAGCUCAGGAUUCUCGAUACAUGCGUAUGCGGGUACCUUACAUGGCUCAGGGUCCAGGACAGUUGACGGUCCCUGGAGGGGCCAUGGUGUUUUUAUUCGGGGACGAGGACAGGGAUGGCAUGGCAACCGUCAUAUUUGAUGGACAGAGAGGACUUCUGCCAGUGUCCCUGCUCGAACCGGUUGACGUCAAGGCAACCAAAGGAAAAAAGGGAGUUCCAAAUGGGAUCCCAUUACCACCAGAAUUCAAGCCCCCAACUCGCCCAAAGGUGCUCCCCAGCCCUGCACCACCUCCUCGGGUACCAGUCACCGCAGACACUCCACCACCUUCCUACACCACUGCCACCCACUCAGCGCCGCUGUCCUCAGAGCCUCCGACGUACACCGCCAACGCAGCCAGCGACCAGUUUGCAGAUGCGUCUGAGGGGGUGGAGGCAUCCUUUGUCGUGGUCAAAGUCCACUUCACGUACACCGUGGCCCUGUCCUUCCCCCUGGACACGAGGCAUGAUGAGCUGAAGGAAAGCAUCGCUCAGAAACUGGGCCAGCCGGCGUCUCAGCUGCGCCUCAGACGUCGGCAGCAUGGCUCCAGAGUGCUGACUCCUCUGGAGGGGGGGGCGGAAGAGGGACUCACCCUGCAGGAGGUGUCCGAGGCUGGAAGAGUCACACUGUGGUGUCAGAAAGAAGACCCGCUGACCGACCGUCCCAUCCUCUACCAGAUGGUGGCGCUGUACGAUUACGCCGCCCAGGGCCCAGAGGACCUGGAGUUCAGCGAAGGAGACACAAUCGACAUCCUGGGUGAAGUUAAUGAUGAGUGGCUGGAGGGACACUGUGCAGGAAACAUCGGCAUCUUCCCCAGCUGCUUCGCCUACAGGGAGAACAUCAGUGUCACUGAGACCUCUGUGCUUUAAAACCAGAAUGCAAAUCCAUUUAUUUACCUGUGAAGAGUCACCGUUUACCUCACACUGACAUUCCCCACUGUGUUUCUGUCUCGUGUGGUGUUCAUGGAACCUCAGAGUUGCUGUAUUUUCUGCUUGUCUUUACCUGAUCUUUUUCCUGUUUCAUUCUUUCAUGUCUGAUGUGAUUAAAUUUGCAAAACAUAAAAAAAACAACAUAUUGAUUAGUCAUUUUCUCUAACACAGACACAUCAAAAUUUAGAAUAGAAUAGACUUUAUUUUCAUUGUGUGUACAGUGAAAUUAGGAGUGCUACCCCAACAAUAAAAAAAAAUCAGAAA